AAAAACAACUAAAAUGCUUUUAAUUAAUUAUGAAGUGUAAUAUUAUUGUUUGUUAGUGAAUCUGUAAUACCUUAGCACUGAGCAGAUUUUUUCUUAGAAGUAUGCAGUGAUACCUAUUACAUAACUGUAAUUCUAUUUGAAAUACAUUAUGUAUGGUGUACAUAUUUUUCAAUAAUUUCAUAUUACUUUUGUCGACUCAAUUUAUUGAUAUUAAGUUUGAAUCGCUUUGAAAAAUAUUAGAUACAAUGGAAAAUAAUCCUUGUGGCUUGGCAUUGCUGCGAAUAGUUUCUAGAGGAAACGCUAUUAUUGCUGAAAUUUUACGGCUUAAAGAUUACAUACCUCCAGUUUAUAGAUUAAAUAACAAGCAAGAUUUACAAAAAUAUGGACAAAUAAUACUAGACUUUUCGUAUUUUAAUAAUUCAAAUGAAAUUGAAAAAAAAAUUGAGUCUAAUCCAGUAUUAAAGGAUUUAAAUGAAGAAUUGAAAGAAAAUAAUUUGGAAAUCAUUAACCAAUUCUAUUUUUUAUUUGAAAAUGUAUAUAAAUAUAUACGUGAUUUAAAUGAAUAUCUCGAUGAAGUUGAGGAAGGGUCAUAUAUUCAACAUACUAUUGAAACCAUGUUCCUUACUGUUGAAGGAAAACAACUAUUGUGUGAAUCAUUGUAUUUGUAUGGUGUCAUUCUAUUAUUUAUUGACAUUUACAUUGAAGGAAUGAUUAGAGAGAGAUUAUUGGUAGCUUAUCAUCGUUACAAUGCACAAGACUAUAAUAAUGAAAAUCCAAUUGAUGAUAUAUGUAAAUUAUUACGUUCUACAAAACAAAACUCAGUUAAAUCUGUAUCAUCAUAUCCAGAAAAUUAUUUCAAACGAGUACCAGUUAAUAAAAAUUUAAUAAAUUUGUCAAUUGGAAGAUUAAGAUCAGAUGAUAUUUACAACCAAUUAUCAUCAUAUCCAAACCCAGAUCAUAGAAGUAUUGCACUUUCUAGUCAAGCUGCAAUGCUGUUUGUAUGUUUGUUUUUCAAACCUAAAACUUUACAUGAAGAAUCUGCUGUUAUGAGAGAAAUAGUUGAUAAAUUUUUUCCAGAUAAUUGGGUUGUUAAUGUCUACAUGGGUGUAACAUUAAAUAUAAUUGAUGCAUGGGAAGCUUUCAAAGCUGCUAAAGCAGCUGUAAAUAAUACAAUUCAAACAGCAGAAUUAAGUCGUUUGGCAAGUUCGCGUUCUGUGAAUCUUCAAAAAAUAAUAGCUGAGAUAAAAAAAAUACUUGGAAAUCCUAAUAUUGAAAAAAAAAUAUUGGAUAACAUUAAUUCUGUUAUGAAUCUUUGUCGAAAUUGUAAUGUUCUACUAAGAUGGUAUUUAUUACAUACAUCAACGAUUCAUCUUCUUUCAGAAAACACCAAAAAAAGUAAACUUAUCUGUGAUCAAAUUUAUAAUCAAAGCUUGUAUAAUGAUAGUCUACUUUUUGAUUUAUUGAUAACUACUGCAGAAUUUGAACUGAAAAUAAAAGAUACCUUUAAAAGUUUAUUAGACGAAAAAGAGGCUAGAUGGCUUAAACGAAAAGAUGACUGUGUUGAACGUAUGAAUGAAUUAUCAGAAAUCUUUUCAGGUCUAACUACUAUGUCACGUGUAAAGAAAAAUGAAAAUUUACAGAUUUGGUUUAUUAAUAUUGGUAAACAAAUUGAAAAAAUUUCCAUGGAAGAUGAGCUUGUUACUAGUAGAAAAAUCACCCAAAUUAUCAAAGCUUUAGAUGAAGUUCAAGAGUUUCACCAACUUGCAAAUAAUUAUCAAGUAAGCCAAACAAUUAAAGAUACACAUACUUAUCUUUGUGAAAUGAUGAAAACUAUAAGUGUCAAGGAUAAUGUUCUCAUAGAUCUUCAAAUCAUUGGAGACUUUAGUUAUGCUUGGUAUCAUAUUGAUAGAUUCACUGGUGUGAUGCAAAAUACAAUAAAAGAAGAACCUUCAUUUGUGAUCAAACUUCGAGCAACAUUUUUAAAGUUGGUGUCGUGUAUGGAAGUACCUCUUAUACGCAUUAAUCAGUCUGGUAGUGAAAAUUUAAUGUCAGUUAGUAAAUAUUAUUCACAUGAGUUAAUAGAAUAUAUACGAAAAGUACUACAUAUAAUACCUGAGACUAUGUUUAAAUAUAUGACUAAAAUAGCUACUCUACAAACAGAUGUUAUUAAAGAAGUACCCACUAGAUUAGAAAAGGAUAAACUUAAUGAUUAUGCGCAGCUUGAUGAAAGACUUGAGGUAGCCAAGUUGACUUAUGCUGUGUCUGUGCUGACAGAAGGUGUAUUAUGUAUGAAAAGUACCCUUGUUGGUGUUGUAGAAAUUGAUCCCAAACAACUUCUUGAAGAUGGGAUUCGGAAAGAAUUAGUUCAACAUAUUGCAGUAGCGCUUCAUAAUGGUCUUAUAUUCAACCCUAAAGCAAAAACUAGUGAAUUAUUACCUAAACUUGAUGCUCUUAGCAACACAAUGACUGGUUAUCGUCGUUCAUUUGAGUAUAUACAAGAUUACAUUGGUAUAUAUGGCUUAAAAAUAUGGCAAGAAGAAUUAAGUAGAAUCAUUGGCUAUAAUGUUGAAAUGGAAUGUAAUAGCUUUAUGCGGGCAAAAAUAUUAGAUUGGCAAAGCGUUUACCAGAGUAAGGUUAUACCUGUUCCAUCAUUUGAGCCAUGUGAUGGUCAAUCUAUGACAUUUAUCGGCCGCCUUGCUAGAGAACUGAUUCGCAUUACUGAUCCAAAGGUAGCUGUUUAUAAAGAGCAAACUACGGCAUGGUAUGAUUAUAAGACAAAUGAAGAGAUUAUUAAUAUAAGAUUUUAUUCAAAUAUAAUUACCUCAAUAAACAUUUGUGGACUUACUGGCUUAGAUAAACUCAUUGGAUUUAUGAUAGUUUCCGAACUUAAGAAACUGUUGGAUUAUUUACAAACAAAUAUAAUUAAAGAUAGAGAAUGGUUACAAAUUCUUGGUACAAUAUCAAAAGAAUUGGUUUCUAAUAACAAUAUCAUAAAUAAUCCAAUUAAAACAUAUCAAAAACACUGCUCAAAGUUUCAAAAAGUUCUACCAAGUAUUUUGGAUUCUAUCAUGAGAAUUGGACAGCUUCAGAUCAUACGCAAGCAAAUAUUUUUUGAACUUGAAGUCUCAUGUAAAUUGAAUGCUGGAAAUUUAUUUGAUUGUCUAGAAGCAAUGAACAAAGCUGUGUUAAAUGAAAUAAAAGCACAUUUUAGAGACCCAGAAAACAAACCAUACCCAGCUGACGACAGCCCACUAUUACCAGAACUGAGUAAAAUGUUGGAUUGGGCUGGAAUUGGAAAUCCAUACUCAAAAAUUUAUAUAACUACAAAUAAUACUCAAUAUAUAUCUUUAAUUACAUUUUUAUUGACUAUUUCACAAUUCUCAAAAUUGCAAUACACGGAAAAUUUAGCUUUAUUGAUGUGGAAAAAAAUUGGAGAUCCUGUUGAUGGUGCUCCAUUAUAUAUAGGCGUGCAGACAUUCCUAAAACAAUUUCAUCCAGAUAUAACUACACAAUAUUUAGAAUAUUUAGCUCAAUAUAUGAAAUCUAUCAUUAACCACUGUACCAAAUCAAUUGAAAAACUUGAUAUACCUAAUGAAUAUUAUAUCACUCAAUUCUAUGUAGAAAGGUUUAUUUUCGUGGGAGGAUUAAAUCAGCAAAUGUUUAUGGAAAUGGUACCACACUUUUUAACUGAUACACUCGAAAAUUUGAAGAAUUUAUCAAUUAAGUAAUAAUUUGUAGCAUCGUGAUAUUGAGUUAAAAAAUAAGGCCAUUAAUCAAAUAAAAAUA